GUGUACGCGAGCGCGCGGUCGGUUCAGUGAAGGGGAAUUGUACGAUGUUCCGUCAGUAGGAAUCGGGAUUUUGUGUCGGCCGGACGCGUGGAGGAGUGGCAAAUCUGAGAAAUCGCACGAGUACAUAUGACAGAAGCGGCACGUGCUUGCGCGAACACAUAAGAAGUGCACACCGUCACCGGACCAGUUCUUUCGUACGGUGUAAGUCGAGUGAAAAGGGAAGACAGUUGCAUCGUGUGCAAUCGUGGAAACGAGUCCAGAAUUUGCCGGCUUUCUUUCACGUUGCCCGAGAUGCCGUCAUCUGCAUUCCCGAAAAGCGUCGAACGUUAAGAAUCGUCUUUAUAUUAUCCAACGGACAGAUGUGAGAGCAGCUCCAAGACGUGAAUAUUCAUGGCGUGAGGUUAUGGGGGGAUCGGAUACCUGACAGAAACUCUGUUCAACUCGAAGUCCCUUUUACGUGGCUGAGAAAGAAGAUAAACGAUCUAUAAACCCCUUGCAAGGAGCGCGACUUACUCUCGGAAGCUUCCUCGAAUUUCACCUAACCACACACUCGAGAGAUUGAACACGACCGAUGGUAAAACGAUUGUUAAUAGAGAGAGGGAGAGAGAGAGAGCUCGAAUCCGAAGCCUGAGGAACGGUCUACAAACAAACGUCACGGAGACCAGCUUCUAGAUUGUUGUCGAGAGCUCGAUCGUCGUCAGUUGCAUCUCUCCGACAGCAGUGUAACGAACAAGCGAAAGUAGACGCGAAAUCUCGGGAGAAGACUUUAGAGAAGGAGGAAAAAGAUGGCUCACGAGAACGGUAUAAACGGUGAUACGGAUUCGGAAACGGUCGAAUUGAAUCCUCUAAGGAGGACCAGGUUCCACGUGAAUCGAGUGGACAGCCUCGAAGGUCGUGCCAGUCUUCUAGGUGAACAAGAGACGAAAAAAUCCCUGAGGCACAUGACCAGAGAGGCACUGCCUAGGCUGGACAAUUACAGGAACAUCAUGAGUAUCCAGGCUGCUCAUAGACCGUCUUUGGACGAGCUACACAAUCCCACUCUGCUUAACAAGGGUUCGGGCUCGCACACUUUACCAAUAGCGCACACGAAGCCACCUACUUCCGGGAUUAAAUUCGGAUGGAUUCAAGGUGUAUUGUUGAGAUGUCUUCUAAAUAUUUGGGGGGUUAUGCUGUUUCUACGACUCUCCUGGGUCGUGGCACAAGCUGGUAUAGGAGAAGCUAUCCUAUUGAUCUUAACAACGACAGCUGUAACAACGAUAACGUCGUUAUCGAUGUCGGCGAUCAGCACAAAUGGGCUAAUUAAAGGAGGUGGCACGUAUUACAUGAUUUCCAGAUCACUUGGACCGGAAUUCGGAGGAUCUAUAGGGCUGAUAUUUUCCUUGGCGAACGCAGUCGCUUGUUCGAUGUACGUUGUUGGAUUUUGCGAGAGUAUGGUUGAUUGUCUGAAAUCGAACGGAGUCUGUAUCGUUGAUUGCGACAAUACCGACAUCAGGAUUAUAGGUUGUAUCACGAUAGUUCUGUUACUAUUGAUAGUAAUGAUCGGCUUGGAAUGGGAGGCGAAAGCUCAGAUUGGUUUGCUGAUCAUCUUGCUGUUGGCUAUCGUCGAUUUCAUCAUUGGCACUUUUAUGGGCCCUAAAGACGAUCAGGAGAGGGCUAAAGGAUUCAUAGGAUACAACGCCGAUCUGUUCAAGGAGAACUUUUAUUCGGACUACAGAUACAGCGAAGGGGUGGAACAUAAUUUUUUUUCAGUCUUGGCUAUAUUUUUCCCAGCGGCUACAGGUAUCCUGGCAGGUGCGAAUAUAUCCGGUGACUUGAAGGAUCCACAAACGGCUAUACCUAAAGGAACUUUAUUGGCUAUUCUUCUAACAACGAUUUCUUACAUCUUCAUGACGUUUAUGGUCGGCGGUACAGUAGCAAGAGAUGCGUCUGGCGAUGUUAACGAUCUAUGGAACACUUUUAAUAGUUCGUACGCUGCCUUAUCGAACUUGAACGCGACCAACGAAACAACCGAGACCCCGGUUACUGCCGUCGAUCCCAAUCAAAUAGUAUGGACGAAAUAUGGCACGAAAUUUAAUUGUACGGGCAAUUGUCCGUACGGUAGCCAGAACAGCUUCCAGGUGAUCGAGUUGGUUUCUGCGUUUGGACCAUUUAUUUAUGCGGGAUGCUUUGCAGCUACUUUAUCAAGCGCCUUGGCAUCGUUGGUUUCCGCGCCUAAAGUAUUUCAGGCACUUUGUCUGGAUAAAUUGUAUCCUGGAAUAGCGUGGUUCAGUGGUGAAAAAGACAAAGAACCAAUUCGUGGUUACUUUCUUACUUUUAUAAUCGCAGUCGGUUUUAUAUUGAUUGGGGAAUUAAAUGCCAUAGCUCCUUUGAUCUCAAAUUUCUUUUUGGCUGCCUAUACUCUCGUUAACUUCAGCACUUUCCACGCUUCUUUGGCUAAACCAAUUGGCUGGAGACCAACGUUUAAGUAUUAUAAUAUGUGGCUAAGUCUUGCUGGUUCUAUUCUCUGUGUUUCUGUGAUGUUCUUGAUCUCAUGGUGGACAGCGUUAAUUACGUUAUGUGUAGUUUUAGCACUUUAUCUCGUAGUCUCGUAUAGAAAACCAGAUGUAAAUUGGGGUUCUACGACGCAAGCCCAAACGUACAAUAGCGCCCUAAAUGCUGUCCAACAAUUAGAUAGAGUCGAAGAACACGUUAAAAAUUAUAGACCUCAACUAUUAGUACUCACUGGCACUCCAAGUGCAAGAUUAGCGCUUGUUGAUUUUGCACAUCAUAUUACCAAGAAUAAUAGUUUAUUUAUUUGCGGCCAUGUUAUCGAGGCACCGGUGUCGUAUAAAACGCGAAACACCAUGAUCGUGAACUGUACUUCCUGGUUUAGAGCAAAUAAAAUUAAAGCAUUUUAUUCUUUGGUGGAUGGUGCAAACUUCCAAGAAGGAGUAACUUCUCUUCUGCAAGCCGCUGGCUUGGGAAAAAUGAGGCCUAAUAUAUUGUUAAUGGGCUAUAAGCAUGACUGGGCGACUUGCCCACGAAAAAAUCUGAAUAUGUACUUUAACGUGAUGCACAAAGCUUUAGAUAUGCAUAUAGCGGUAGCUCUUCUUCGAAUAAGCGAAGGUUUAGACUGUAGCACAGUUAUAGGAGAUGCUGAGGAACAGAAGAAGAAUGCGCAAACGAUUCCAGGGAAUCAAAGCUUUUCUCAGCUUAGUCAAGCUAGCAGCACCUCAGAUAUUUCUAUUCCUGGUAGUCCGGCUCCACGGAGGUCCAAAAUGAUCAAUGAAUAUCCUAAUCCAACCGUGGAAGAUCAACGCGAAAAUCGACAGAAUAUUACACCCGUAGCAAAAAAUAUACUUACUGCUGUAACAAAAUUCCAACGUAAGCAGAAGAAGGGCACGAUAGACGUGUGGUGGUUGUACGAUGAUGGUGGUUUAACCCUUCUGUUACCCUACAUUAUUAGUACAAGGCGUAAUUGGUCUAACAGUAAAUUAAGAGUGUUUGCCCUGGCUAAUAAAAAUUCUGAACUUGAAUACGAGCAAAGAAAUAUGGCGAGUCUUUUAUCAAAAUUCAGGAUAGACUACUCUGCAUUGAAAGUUAUUCCUGACAUCUCGAAACCAGCACAAGAAAAUACAAAGAGUUUCUUUGAUUCCUUGAUAGCAAAUUUCCAGCAAGCAGCAAAUCCGAAAAUAACAGACGACGAUGUUAUUAAAGAAUCUGAACUACUUGCUAUGAAAGAAAAAACGAAUAGGCAUCUACGUUUAAGAGAAUUAUUACUUGAAAAUUCGAUGGAAGCCAAUUUAGUAGUUAUGACAUUGCCAAUGCCUCGAAAAGGUGCUGUAUCAGCGACACUUUAUAUGGCCUGGCUUGAAACUCUGACCCGCGACAUGCCACCAUUUUUACUUGUUCGAGGAAAUCAUACAUCUGUUUUAACUUUUUAUUCUUAAAGACGCGAAACAAAUAAGAACACUGACGUGUAAUGAGAUCGAUAAUUAUUGAAAUUAGUUCAAGUGUUUUACCAAUGACUUAAACAUUAUAGUUGCGUAAUUAAGUGAAUUAAUAAAAAACAAGGAGAGAAAAAUAGAAAAACUGCCCAGUGACACAUAUAAUAGUAAUAUGCCUUUAUAUGUUGAAAGAGGCAUACGUUUGAAUGAGUUAGUAUACGGGUGUGUGUUUAGUAAGGACCAAUCUCUAAACAUAUUUGAAUACAAUGAAUGCAGCAAGACUGUAUUAUUUUUUUAAUAACAUGUUUGCCACAAUAAUUGUUCCUAAAUUUCGAAAUGUUUUCCAUCCACCAAUUGUAAAAAACAUAAUUGCAUCCUUAUGAAUACUUAAAAUAAAU